AUUCCGGGGAGGCAAGAUUCUGGAGCCGCGGCUACUUGAAGGAAAAAGCUGGGCUCUGCUUUUUACAGGGAGAAAAGAGGCGGGAGGGUGGAGUUUCCAUUUCUCCCCUCAAUGUCAGUCUUGGGAGCAAAAGGAGCGGGCAUUUUGUACCACUCUCAUCUAAAGGACUCGGGGCGUGUCCGACUUUGUCUUUCCCACAUUGCAGCGUAGCCCUUGGCCCCUUGGCAUUGCGAGAGGACUGCAAGAGCCCAAGGACUGCCAGAGGCCGAGGGGCCUUCCUCCGAUCCCCUCCUGACAAAAGGAGACGGAGGCGGUGUCUGGAAGGAGUCAGGGGGGAGCGUCAGCAGGAACGCCGCCCAGUUGAGUUACUUUACUUCAGUGGGUUUUAGUCUUACCGGAGCAAGCCCGCACCUUAACUCAGGCGGGCGAUGAACGGCUUUGGCCCCGAGGAAGUGACCCGCGGUGGGGGAGAAGCCGCCGCCGUCCCAGCCGUUGUAGCUAACGCUACCGCCGCGGUGGAAGUCCUGCCGCCCCCGCCACCCCUUCCGCAGCCGACGGCCGGGCUGGGAGCGACUUCGUCGGCUGCUGCUGCGAUAGCCGCGGGCUCAGCCGGUCCCCUUGGGACUGCAGGACCCGGUGCUGGGCAGUUAUGCUGCUUACGGGAGGAGGGCGAGAGAUGUAACCGAGCUGCGGGCAACGCCAGCUUCAGCAAGCGGAUCCAGAAGAGCAUCUCGCAGAAGAAGGUGAAGAUCGAGCUGGACAAAAGUGCAAGACAUCUUUAUAUUUGUGAUUUCCACAAAAACUUAAUUCAGAGUGUCAGAAACAGAAGAAAGAGAAAAGGCAGUGAUGAUGAUGGUGAUUCACCAGUGCAAGACAUCGACACUCCAGAGGUUGAUCUAUUUCAGCUGCAAGUAAACACACUAAGAAGAUACAAAAGGCACUUCAAAUUACAGACUAGACCCGGACUUAAUAAAGCACAACUUGUUGAAAUAAUUGGAUGUCAUUUUCGGACUAUUCCAGUGAAUGAAAAGGAUACCUUAACCUAUUUCAUCUAUUCAGUGAAGAAUGACAAGAACAAAUCUGAUCUAAAAAUGGAUAGCAGUAUUCACUAAAUAAACAAACUUAAGACUUACAGACCUGAAGACUGGUUUGGAUGUUCUGAGCUUUUUUUGUAUUAGUAUUCAGAGUAUUCUGAUGUUAUUUUUCUUGGGAAAAUACUAUUCUCAUAAAUUAGGUUUCCAUGAUGAAAGUAUUUUAAAUAAAUACUAUUGAUGUC